AUGAAGCGUGAAGAGAUCACUGGGAAGCCGCCCAAGCUCAGGAACCGCUGGGCGCCAUGUCAAUCGACCGCGUGUGCCAUGGACCACGUCGGCAGCCCCUUCGGCAGGGCUGCGGCCCCCAAUGACGAAUUCCCUCGAUUCUAUAACAUCCAGCCAGACCAUGGCUGGACGCUGACUGACACCAUGGCCAAUGAUACUGGUCGCCGUUGGUCAACCUCUGGGGGAACCAGGGAAACAAAGUCUUCCCUCAACGCUCGUUCCAAUCGUCAUGGCGCGUAG